AGUGGGGGUGACAUGGCCCACCUGAAAGAUUUUACCACCCAGGCUGUGAGAUUCGGGCUGCUCUUCAACCAGGAAUAUACAACUUACUCAAAAGUGAUUGCUAUAUAUGGAUUCUUCUUUGAGAUAAAGGGAAUCAGACAUGAUACUACCUCUUACAGUUUUUAUAUGCAGAGAGUAAGGCACACAGACCUAGAAUCCCCCUCUGAGGUCUGCGAGGGCAGCCCUGUUAGCCUGAGAGCGGAACGCUUAGUGAAGUACGAGAUCAGAGCCCAGACCCUGGUCGACGGCAAGUGGCAGGAGUUCACGACACACCAGAUCAUGCAGAAGUUUGGGUUUGUCAAGCAGUUCUGCAAAAGCCGCGCCUUGAAAAUCCAAACUGUGGGCCUCCCAAUCUAUGCAAGUUUUGCAUUCAUCUUCCCAGUAUCAUGACAGUUUCCAGAAGAAUCUAUGGGAUUUCCCCACCACCAGUCUGCGUAAAAGAGAAUAAAAUGACAUUAAAAGGGAA